AUGCAAUUCGUCUUCCGCCGCUCCGCAGUCACAAAGCCUGCAGCCCAACCUGAAGCACAUAAGGAUUUGGGCAAUCGCUGGGAGGGCCGGCCUCCGCGUGAGGGAGCCACCCAGGGUGCGCUCAAUCACAGGGCGGUGUUCCCAUCCAAUUAUGGUAACCUACGGGAAGAUCUUCUCAUCCUAGGUGUACGCCAGACUGAUAUCGAGCCCGUGCCUAAUAUGGAGUCCGUCAUGGAGAUAGAUGAUCAGCGCGGACUUGCGCAGAUCGUAUACAACAUCUGGACGAAGCUAUUAAACAGAGCAAAGCGCCGGACCCCUCACGGGUCCUAUUACUGCUGUCACCAUUCACUGGUAUAUGAAUGUCGGUCACUUUCCAACAGAGGCGACGCACGUGAUAGCCGAGUACGCAGCCCCACGCGACCCAAGCUUCCCCCGGUGGACACUGUGAGCGCAAGGGCCCUCAUAAUUCCUCAGCCGGAGUUGCCCUCAGUAACUAAGAAAAAGCUGAAAAGCGUGUUGGAAGCCGAGCCUGAGCUCCCCCCUGCCCUGGCCACCGUGGGCAAGGGCGUGUCAUUGCGGGGGUUGCGCAAGUUGCGAGCCGCUAUCCGCAAGCACUUCGGCGACGACCGUUACAGCAGUGUGAGCACCACCGAUGUGUGCCAGCAGUGGGUCAAGGUGGUGACUGCCCCCGCGGGUAGGUGCCGCCUGGUGGAGCUGCCGGGGCUGCUGGACCCCACGGAGGGGGAUGUGGGCCGCCCCAUGUACUUCAUCAGCCAUGCGUGGUCCAAUAGCAUAGAGCUGCUGUUCAGGAAGGUGUUUGACUUCCUGGCCUCCGCCGACGACAGUACCCGGGUGUGGCUGGAUGUGCUGGCGGUGUGCCAGCACGAGAGCAACCCCGCGCACAAGGCGGACAUUGCGGCCUUUGCAGAUGUGGUGGCGGCAUGCAGUGGGGGCACCCUGGUGGUCAUGGACCUCACACGCUGCAACCCCUCUACUCGCGCGUGGUGCGUGUUUGAGUGGGCCCACACUCUUGCGGCUCACGGCCCUGACGGACUGCACAUGUCCCUGGCCCCGCUGGAGCGCGCAGCCGUGUUUGCGGACUUGGACGUGGAGAGGGCCGAGUGCUUCAGACCGGCGGACAAGGAGAUGAUCAUGCGAGAGGUUCGUCGCCAGCACGGUUCGCCUGAGGCCUUCAACUCCAAGCUCAAGUUGCAGCUGUUGCUGGAGCCGCUCAGCUAUUCGGUGGACCUCCGGAGGCUGCAGGACAGGUCCCGGGACACGGCCUGGGAGUUCAGUGAAGUGGAGAGAUGGCUGGAGGGGAUGUGCUCCCGGGCAGCAGGGGCAGCAGGGGGCUGCAGAGCCAUUGUGAAGCUGCUCCCCAUCUGCGGCACCCGGCAGUCUCUCUCCCCUGCUCCCCUCCGACCACCGUGGUCGAGAGGUGCUGGUGAGGGCAAGAGCACCAUCUCCGCCGAGCUGGUACGCCGCCUCACAUCGCCCACAGCGCCCCGAGCCUCCGCCGCCACCCCUAGCACCGGUGGCUCAGCUCUGGGCACCCACAUCACAUGUGCCUACCAUUUCCUCAAGUACAACGACCAGCGGAGGCUGGACCCUGUGAGGGUGAUCAAGACCAUGGCAUUCCAACUGGCGUCCAGGAUUCCCUCGGUCUGCUCUUCACUGUUCGAGUGCGAUGUGGCGGAGGUAGCCCAACUCACGGAUGUGGACCGGGCCUUCGAGCUGCUGCUGCUGCGGCCGUUGCAAGGCGUCAGACAACCCGUGGUUAUUGUUCUUGACGCGUUGGACGAGGCGGAACCGGUGCCCUUCACCGCACCAGCCGCCCCUUGUGCUGCUGGCAGCACAUCUGGCGCUGAAGGUAGCGGCCCAACACCCACCGCCCCCGUCGCUGUGGCCGCCGGCAUCCUCAACGGCGGUGGUGGCGGCGGCGCCGGUAUCGGUGUCUCUCGCUAUCCCGUUCUUUGCGGCAACCGGGCGCUGCAGCUGCUGACCAAGCACCUGCAGCGGCUGCCCCCGGAGGUGAGAUUCUUCGUCACCACCCGCCCUGACGCCGCCAGCGGCCAGGUGGUUCCUGCCCUGGAGCGGACAUUCCAUCACCAGGGCGGCUCCAUCUAUAUGAGGCCCUCGCAGCUCGUGAAGUCACUGGCACUGGGGGCCAGCGCCGAAGGGCGCACUGCAGCCGGCGGAGGUGGCAAAGGCGGAGGCGGCGUCAUGGUGUAUCACACCGUCGUGAAAGCUUGCCUUGGGGGUGAAAAAGAAGAGGAGGACGGAGACACGUCGCCAUCGGCGGCCGUCGCCAGCCCCGACGGCGGUGGGAAGAGCCGCCGUGCUGGUGGCGGCGGCGGUCCGCUGCUGGCUUCCCUACUGGGUGGAAUGGCCAGCCCGCUGGCGGCUAAGGCAGCAGCGCUGAUGGGCGGCCAUAGCGGCGGCGGUGCCGGCGCCAACCUUACGGCGCUGUACCGCGUGUACGGCAAGGUGUUUCGCAAGGCGUAUGAGUGGUACGACUUGCGGAAGCGUAUGGACGUGUCCAAGCUUCUCAAUGUGUUGCUGGCUGCUCAGGAGCCCCUAUCCCAGUCGCUGGUUCAGCAGCUGGGUCUCGGUCAUGCGGUACCGCUGCUGCCCGGCUUUCCGGUGCUGUUCUACGUGGACGAGCACCACCUGCUCACACUGCACAAGAGCCUGGCGGACUGGCUGCUGCUGGACGCUGUCGUGGGUUCUGGUUCCGGUGCCAGCUCAAGCCAGCUAGAUAGCCGCCAGGUUUCAGAUAAGAGCAUCAUGUCAUGUGCCAACCCCACGGCCUCACCCACGACUCCGACCGCUGCCAGCAGCACCACCAGCCGCAGCCUCCUUAGCCGUCUGCACGGCAAAAACACCACGACUGGAAAUGCGGCGAGUGGAGGCGCUGGCGGCGGCGGCCGUGGCGGUGGGGGGAGCAACAGCAUCUUCCAGCGGUCUCGGCCCUCCCCGGCGUCCCGUGCGGCACUGGAGGGUGAGGCUGUUGCUGCUGCUCAGGCGCAGGCGGCGGCUGUGGCUGCGGCCAAUGCGCCCAGCCCCUCCUUCAGCAUGGACCUGGCGCAGGGUCACCUGCUGUUGGGUCGCUACCUGACCACCACCCGCAACACCAGCCCCUCCACCUACUGCCUCAAGUACCUGGUCACCCACCUGGCGGCGGCGGGGCCACUGGCGGCGGAGCUCCUGGAUGACGUGGUGUCCAGCUUCGGAUUUAUUGAGGCUGUGUUCGCUCGUGGCUACAGUGCCAAUGUGAUUCGUGCAUUGGGAACCAUGGGCCACUCGAGCCGCCUCAGCCGUGACGCCCUGCGCUGGCUCCGAGCCAAGCAGCACGACUUACUGCUGGCCACCUCGGGGACUGCUGGGGUAGGCGCGGGAGAUGCGGUGCUGGGUACGGCACUGAUGAGCCCCAUUGGGUCGGAGCUGUACCGGGUGGCUCUGCGUGCCGCUAACCAGGGCUGGCGGACGAGGGUUGCCGUGCCAUCAUACGACGAAUGGCCGGCGGACCAAGCCGUACUCAAGGGCCACACGGGCAAUGUGACAUCAGUGGUGUUCUCUCCGGACGGCCGCCAGCUCGUGUCCAGUAGCGGGGGGGGCCACGAGCUGCGAGUGUGGGACAUUAGCUCCGGAACCUGCUGCGCCGUACUUUUGGGUCACAAGGCCGAUGUGACCUGCCUGGCCAUGAGUGCCGACGGUCAGGUCAUAGCCAGCGGCAGUAACGACAUGACGUGCAGGUUGUGGGAUGCUGCCACGGGGCAGUGCACCGCCGUACUGUCCGGUCACACAGCCGCAAUCACCGGAGUGGCCUUCAGCCCCCCCGAGCGCGGCAAGGCGCUGAGGCUGGUCACCGCCUCCCAGGACGACUCCUUGAGAAUGUGGGCACCAGCGCCCAAGAGACCCGCAACUGCGCAACAACAGCAACGCGGACGCAGAGGCAGCACGGGCGGCUUGGCACCGUCACCACUCAACCCCGCCGCGGGCCGCCGGGACGAGCGCCAGCGGCAGCGCCAUUCCAGCGGUGGUCUGGAGAUGGAUGUGGACGUGGCUAUGGGGCUGGCGGUCCGAAUCAGUGGUGCAGGCGGUGAUGACAACGGCAGCAGCAGCAGCUACACGUGUGUGCAGGUGCUCCCAGGGGGGCAGGGGGGGCUGCAGGGGGUGGCCUGGGCACCUGACGGCAGGAGGCUGGCGGGGGCGCAUGGCGCGGAGGUGUGGCUGUGGGCACUGCCGGCGGGCAAGAUGGCGGUGACGCUGAGCGGUCAUACAGGCAAGGUGCUGGGGAUUGCAUUUAGUCCCAAUGACGGCGGACGGCGGCUGGCGAGCUGCGGUUGGGACCAGGUGAUACGUCUGUGGGAUACUAGGACCAACCAGUGUGUGGCGACAGCUACAGGCCACUCCGAGCUGGUCCGCUCCCUCUCCUGGAGCCCGGAUGGCCGCCGCCUCGCCUCCGCUUCCUCCGACAACACUAUGCGAAUCUGGGAUGUAACACCCACACUGGGUGGAGGUGCAGCCACCACGGCGGCGCCUGCAGUACCCGUGCUGUGUACGGCGUUACUGCGGCAGGCCGAGUGGAUGACGGCGGUGAGCUUUAGCCCUGACAGCCGCGCAUUGGCCAGCGGAAGUGUGGCCAAGGAGCUGCGGCUCUGGGACGUGGCGGCGUGUGAGGCGGAGUUUGCGGCCACGUGCGCGUCAACAGCGGCAGCUGCCGCAGCUGCAGCGCUGCGAUCCACUCCCAGUUCCCGGCUCCAGGGUGCAGCCACCACUGCCGGCAGCGGCGGUGGCGUUGCAAAAAGCACGCUGGACAAGAUGACACAGAAGAGCCUCAAGACAUUCAGCACGGUAGAAGCUGAAACGGCUGCUGCCAUGGCUGCUGCCACUGUGAGUGCCGUCGCACACACCGCCGAUGUCACCUGCAUCGCGCUCAGCCCCGACGGCUCCCUGCUCGCCACGGCCUCUCAGGACAAGACGCUACGGCUGUACGACAGCGUCAAUGCGCGCUGGCUGGCAACAUUAUCAGGUCAUGAUAGCUGCGUGACGUGCGUCGCAUGGGCGCCGCCACCGCCAGCGCCACCCCUGCCGUUGCGCCCCAGCCAGCGGCAGCUCGCCUCCGUCUCCCAUGACCUGACGGUGCGCAUCUGGGACAUAGAUCUAGGUGAUGGAUCGCAGCCGGUUCAGGCGACCUGCUCCAGAACCCUGUACGGCCACACGGACCGUAUCCGCAGCGUGGCUUGGAGCCCCGCCGCCAACGGCCAUCUGGCCACCGGUGCAGAGGAUAACCACGUGCGGCUGUGGGAUACGCUUUCCGGAACCUGCCUCUCGACGCUGUGGGGUCACAGUAACUAUGUCACUUGCGUGGUGUACUGCCCAGCGGACGGCGGCCGUACGGUGACGUCGGCGUCACAGGACGGCACCAUCCGUGUGUGGGACACGGCCAGCGGCCAGGCCCGGCGGACCCUGCACGGCCACGACCAUUACGUCAACCACGUGGCCUACUCGGCGUGUGGCUCACUGCUGGCCUCCGGAGGCUGUGAUAACUCCGUGAGGUUGUGGGAGCACGUCAGUGGCAAGUGCAUCGCGGUGCUCACAGGCCACACGCACUUUGUCAACUGCGUGGCGUUUGAGCCGGUGGCAGUGCAGCGAAGCGGUGGUGGCACCGGUGUCGGCGGGCCCAAGGCCGGUGGUGCUCUGUUCCGCCGACUUGCCUCCGCGUCAACCGAUGCCACUGUCCGGGUGUGGGACCUCAGGGCGCGGCGGUGUGUGGCGUUGUUGCAGGGCCACUCUGGUCCGGUGCAUUGCGUGACGUGGGUGCGGGGCCCGGUGGGCCGUGCCGCUGCAGUUGCACCCGGCGGCAAGAGUGGCGGCAAGGGCGGGGUGUCCCAGCAGGCGGUCGCUCCUCCUGAGGUAGCCAGUGGUGCAGCGGAUCACAGCAUCAGGCUGUGGUGCGAGGAGGCUAGAGCGGAGCAGUAA